UCCAUUCCUCAUUAUCAACACUACCAUUUAGAGCAAUAGGAGAAGAACCAGACAUCGCGCGAUAUACAUGAAAAAAUAUACAAGAAAUUUAUAAUUAAUAAAAUAAUUCUACAACUGAUGAGAAAAUUAUAAAAAAGGCGGUGGGAAAAAGGGAGACAAUAUAAUAAUGCCAGCAACAGGAGGAACCCGACCGAAAGGUCUCCACAUAAAACACCUGACCGAGAUGGAGCGCUUCCGCGUCCGGACGCUGUACUACGACGCCGGCAUGAGCAAGCCGCGCAUCAAGCAGGUCACCGGCUACUCCACCAGCCAGAUCCGCACCGCCAUCCACGCCCAAACCGCCGCCGUCGCCCCGCGCUCGGGGAGGCCGAAAAGAGGUAAAGAUCCCUACAGUACUACUAUUGUAGUAUCAUCUAGAUAGGGGUAGAUAGAUAGAGGUAAGCUAAUCACACCAGUAGGAUCCGACGGCCAAACGCCCACGAAGAAGCAGGCAGAUAACGCUGGUCCCUCCUCGCAGAGCUCAGCCGGGGGUGAAUCUACCGCGGCACAGGAGAAUAACAGUAACAACACUCCUGUUGCGCACCCCUUACUCGACAUAUCCAUGCACGCUCUUCAAGAAGCGUCGCAGCAGCAGCUUUCUCCCUUGUUCACAGCCAGCCCAUCAUCCCCCUCUCCUUCCGCCGAUCCGUCUACCUCCUCUUCCUAAUCACUGCCUUUCCUUCCUUUGUUUAUGGCUUACGACACGAGAUUGUAUAUCUCAGGGGCGGUUUUAUUAUGGAAGUACCUGUGCUGUUGAAUUAGGUACAGGGGAAUGUGCCGUCACGGAUAGUUUUGUGUAUUGUUAGAAUCCGAGAGCAAGCGUAAAGGACCUACUGUGUCUGUCAGGUUCCACAAUCUUCCUGUCUUUUGGUCAAGAGUACGAUUGAAUUAAGUCUGAGAGUAUACCCCUGAUCUUAACGGCGAACAGUAUCUAAUGCAUGGCAAGCCGGAAUUUACAGGACGAAAUAACGCCUGUGGUUGACUUACCUGUAGUAAGAAUACCUAAUACUCUACGUCACAAGUUUAAUUAGUCGGACCAACCAAAAGUUUCAUGAUCAUCGUUUUCAUUUCUCAUUGAGUGAUUCAGACAAUAUGCC